AUGCGGCGAUGGGGUCAAUCAGUCACCGCGGUGUUACUCUCUCUGCGCGUGGCCCGCUCCUUUACAUCUUUCCGUACGACGCGUGAUGUACAGAUGGUCUCUACAAUCCAAGUUGACGAGUGUGACGAAGCGACAGACUCCACAGCAAAUGUCACUGGGGCUGACAAGGAUGCGGGUGAUGCAGAUGAAUCUGUUGUCGAGAUGAGUGAGGUGGAGAUGCAGGCGCUUCCCAAGACAUUUCGGCUGUCGAUGCCGAAGGAAUCGUGCCUCUCAACGGUGGAGCGGCAGCAGCUCACACGGAUGAUCUUCGAGACGCACUACGCGCCGGAGGGUGCAGGAAAGGAGGACCGCGCAAUGUGGUACCAGAGCGCGUUGGAGGUGCAGUGGCUUGAGGAAUGGGCAUUCAGUGACGGAGAGAAGGACAAGGAUGAGGCUCGUCGCGCUGUCAAGAAGGCGGUGCUGCAACGUGUUGAUUUACACAAGCCACUCGCCUAUAUUAUCGGGCAUCAGCCGUUUUACGGUUGCAACAUUAAGUGUUCUCCACCACUCCUCUGUCCGCGACCAGAGACGGAGAUGUGGACCCAUUGGUAUGUCAGCAACUACCUGAAUCGUUCGGCAUCAACGGGAGGAGGACAGAGGUCGGCGCUUCGGGUUUUGGACAUGUGCUGCGGCACCGGUUGCAUCGGAAUUGCCAUCGCCACGCAUGUGCCGCACGCAGAAGUUGUCGCGGUUGACAUUAUGGAUGAGAGUGUGAGGGCGGCUGAUGAGAAUGCAAGGCUAAACGGUCUGGACUCGAGACGUUAUCGUGUUAUUAAGAGCGACAUGUUUGAGGCGUUCCUUGUGAAGGAUAGUCAUAAUGACAGUGAUGUUGGAAGACUGAACGAAGAGGGUGUCAGUGGAAAGAGAAGACUAGAAGAACAACACAUUGGCUCGUUUGACGUUGUUGUUGCGAACCCACCGUACGUCUUGCCUGAACAGUACGUCAACCUUCCACCAGGCAUUAAACUGUGGGAGUCAAAGCUCGCCUUGGUGGGUGACGCGAAGCGGGAGCAGCAGCAGUAUCUCUACUUCCAGGAGCUCUGUGAGCUGGGGGCAGCGGUGCUAAAGCCGAAGACCCAACGCAACACGGCCCUCGUGAAUGCGCCGAAUCUCAUCAUUGAGGUGGGUCUGCAGGCGGAGCGCGUUGCGUCCAUCAUGGAGCGCAGUGAUCUGUGGGAGGAGGUGAGUGUGCACCUCGACUACGCGCAGCAGCCGCGGUGGAUCUCCGCCAACUCCACGCAUUAA